AACAGCUUCUGGAGCCGCCGCGUUCCCAUUUUUUUCUUUUUUGAGAGACCUCGGAUCAGUCCCUGGAGUUUUCACCCCCGUCUUUUUUGCCUUUUUCAAGAGACAAAUAUUUUAGUCCAUGUCGAUCUGAUCUGUUGUUGGCGAAGCGUGGAUGCGCCUGCGUCUUGUUUGUUUCCCCUCUCUCUCAAGUGAUAUCCUCUCCACCGCAUCAACCACCCCUCCAAAAAACCCGACUCUGUCCAACAUGCGAUCAGAUGAGCGGUGAAAAUCAUUUUCACGACUCUUAAAACGUCUGUGGCAAAAGAACUGAAGGAAACACAAGGAUACAUUACUUAUCAGAGGCGUGCACACGGGACUUAUUUGUUUGGUUACCACCAGAAAUAUAUAUAUAUAUAUUUAUAUUUUAGUUUUGGUGUGCGUAAAAGGCGCAGCAAACUAUCUUCCCCCUCCAAACAGCACUGGAGAUUAGGGGGAUUUUUUUCCCAAAGGGAGUGAACCGAAAACUUGGGUUUUAAGGUGCUGGUUUCUGCUGCUUCUUCUUUUUUCUUUCUUUCUUUCUUUCUUUUUUUUUUUUUUUAACCCUGCCACGAGAGAGAUGAAGGAAGAUGAUUUUUAAUGGACAUGAAUGUGUCAGGAGCUGGCCGAAUCCCUUCGUAAUUUUUGAGCUCAUUCUCGCUGAAGCCGAUCCAGCUAUUACAUCUAAAAAAGAGCAGCUGGUUUGAAAAGACAUUCCCAGCUCAGAGAUCAACACACCCUUCCCCGAAAACGGGAUGAUUUUUCAAAACUGAUAGACUUAAUUUGUUUGUAAUUCCUGCAUGAGAAGCACCGUGGAACGCGACGGUCACUAUGCCGAGGAGAAAGCAGCAAGAGCCGCGGCGAUCAGCAGCAUACAUGCCCGAGGACGAGCUUAAGGCAGCUGCUCAUGAUGAGGAAGAGCACCUGCAGGAUGACGGCCUCUCAUUAGAUGGCCAGGACACUGAGUUCCUGUGCAAUGAGGAAGAGGAAGACGUGGAUGGAGGCCAACCACCUAGCUACAGAGACUCCCCACUCAGCAAUGGUACUAACCCUGAUGCUGGAUACGGGUCUCCACUUAGUGAUGCUAGCGACCGACUUGCAGACUUCAAGAGCACCUCUUCCAGGGAUGGUCAGGACAGGGAUGGCUCUGCUUUUCCCUUCCGUUCCAACAACGGCCUCUCUUUCCAGGAUAGCCUGGCACAGAUGAAAGCCGUCUAUGCAAACCUCAUCUCAGAUGCCUCUUGGUCUAGCAUCACAAUGGACAUCAUGAAAUCUAAGCCUGCUGCGGCUGGCAGUGUCAACAGUGCCCUCACUACUCCAGAGCCUGCCACUACUGCCUCUGUGUCCACGACUACAACCAUAAAUAAGAGCAGUGGGGUCAACAUGGCUAGCAGUCACCAUAAUGGCAAGAGCUCCAGCGCCACUGUCAACCACACAGGCAACACAAGUGGCAGUACUAAUGGCACAGCAGCUAGCUCUGUUAGCAGCCACAGUGCAACCAGCAGCAGUGGGAGCAGCAGUGGUGCUGCCAGUAAUGGUCGUGGUGUAGCCUAUGACUGGCACCAGGCAGCACUUGCCAAAACUCUUCAGCAGACCCCCUAUCACCUUUUACCAGAGCCUAGCCUCUUCAGCACAGUGCAGCUCUACCGACAGAACAACAAGCUGUAUGGCUCUGUUUUUACUGGUGCAAGCAAGUUCCGCUGCAAAGACUGCAGUGCUGCCUAUGACACACUGGUGGGUUUGACGGUCCACAUGAAUGAGACGGGCCACUAUCGAGAUGACAAUAAGGACAAAGAGGAAGAUCAGGGAAAGCGCUGGUCCAAACCACGGAAGCGUUCCUUGAUGGAAAUGGAGGGGAAAGAGGAUGCCCAGAAAGUUCUGAAGUGCAUGUACUGUGGCCAUUCAUUUGAAUCUCUGCAAGAUCUCAGCGUUCAUAUGAUCAAGACCAAGCAUUACCAGAAAGUGCCUCUCAAAGAACCAGUGCCAGCCUUGGCCACUAAACUGGUACCCACUUCAGCUAAAAAACGUGCUAUCCAAGAUGCUAUUGUCUCGCCAUGCUCCCCAGACUCUAUCCAUGCUGGUAGUGGUGGUGGCAGUGUAUGUCUUGGGGAUGUUGGCAAAGACACAAAAGCUGCAGCUAACCCCUAUGUUACGCCAAACAACCGCUAUGGCUACCAGAAUGGUGCCAGCUACACAUGGCAGUUUGAAGCUCGUAAAGCACAGAUUCUAAAAUGCAUGGAGUGCGGGAGCUCCCAUGAUACACUACAGCAGCUGACUGCCCACAUGAUGGUUACAGGUCAUUUUUUGAAGGUCACAAAUUCUGCUUCUAAAAAGGGCAAACAGCUGGUCUUUGAUCCGGUGGUGGAAGAAAAGAUUCAGUCAAUCCCAUUGCCGCCAACCACCACCAGACUCCCUGUUCCCAGUACUGUUAAGUCCCAGCCAGUAUCCCCUGCACUCUCGUCUGGCUCAGAGGAAAAGAGGGAAGGAGGUGAGGAUGAAAAGGUCGAAGGUGGUGAGCAAGUGGAGAGAAAAAUUAAGGAAGAGAAAGACGACUCAGGUGAGAAAUCUGAGACUGACACCACGUCAUAUAAAUACCUUAGAGAAGAAGAUCUGGAGGAGACACCUAAAGAGGGUUUAGAUAUUCUUAAAUCCCUUGAGAACACAGUAUCUAGUGCUAUCAGCAAGGCUCAGACAGGCACACCAACAUGGGGUGGCUACCCUAGCAUUCAUGCAGCCUACCAGCUGCAGGGUGCCAUGAAAAGCUCAGCUACGGUUCUACCCCCAACGGUCCAGAGUGUUCAGAUGCAGCCAAUGUUUAACAGUGGCCUACGAAGUCUAGUGAGUGACCCCAACUCAGUCCUGCACUCACCUCGGAGCCCUUCCUCCCCUACUCCCCUCAGGAGCAAUGUCACUGCCAUGGAGGAGCUUGUGGAGAAAGUGACAGGAAAAGCUGCCACUGUGAAGAAAGAAAAGGAGGAGAAGAUGGUGAGCCUGGAAAGAUGCCGACAGUCCUCGUUGGUAAAAUCCCCUUCCCCUGCACUGAGAGAACAGCGAGAGCAAUUAGCAUCUCCAAAUGACCUUUCUGUGGGUAAGCCGUCUGGUAUGAGAAGUAGCAGCCCAGGCAGUGUAGAUUCAGAGCUUAUCUGCAAGAAGGAGCCCAAAGAGAGCCUAGUAGAUGGCCACAGCAACCAUUCAAAGAAUGGCUCUGAGACGUGCCAAUCCCCAGUAACUAAUGGAAACAGUCUUGGCAUCAUCACUGACCACUCACCUGAAAGUCCUUUCAUCAACCCUCUCAGCGCACUUCAAUCAAUCAUGAACACACACCUGGGAAAGGCCUCCAAACCAGUAAGUCCUGCUGCAGAUCCGCUAUCUAUGCUUUACAAAAUCAGCAACAGCAUGAUGGACAAGCCAGCUUUCAACCCAGCUCCUCAGGGCAAGGCAGCUGAGCCCGUCAACCACUAUCAGCUGUAUGAAAACAAUGACCAGCCCAUAGACCUGAGUAAAAAUAAGUCCACCACUAAUAGCAACAACAACAAUAACAAAAGCAGCAGUGCGCUUUUGACCAACAAUAGUGUAAAUGGUAACAAACCCCUUAUUUCCCUCCCUGACACAGUCUCCUCACCACUGAGAGAAAAUGCUCUGAUGGACAUUUCGGACAUGGUAAAGAACCUCACUGGAAGACUUACGCCCAAAUCUUCAACUCCCUCCUCCAUCUCAGAGAAGUCAGAUGCUGAUGGCAGCGCAUUUGAGGAUGCCCUAGAGGACCUCUCCCCAGUGCAGAAGAGGAAAGGGAGACAGUCAAACUGGAAUCCCCAGCAUCUCCUCAUUCUGCAGGCGCAGUUUGCGUCUAGCCUGAGGGAGACCCCAGAGGGCCGCUAUGCCAUGACUGACCUGGGCCCUCAGGAAAGGGUCCACAUCUGUAAAUUCACAGGCCUCUCCAUGACUACCAUAUCCCACUGGCUGGCUAAUGUCAAGUACCAGCUGAGACGGACUGGGGGCACCAAGUUUCUCAAGAACAUGGACUCGUGCCAGCCUGUGUUCCUCUGUGGUGACUGUGCCUCUCAGUUCAGGACUCCCUCCUCCUACAUCAGCCACCUGGAGUCUCACCUGGGCUUCAGCUUGAAGGACCUGUCCAAACUGUCAGCUGAGCACCUACGGGAGCAGCAGGCUGCCUCAAAGGUGAUCACAGACAAAAUGACAUUCGGCAGCCCCCUGUCAGCCUUGACCACGCCAGAGGACGACAUAGGCUCCGUGUACCAGUGCAGACUUUGCAAUCGGACAUUCGUCAGCAAACACGCAGUCAAACUGCACCUCAGCAAGACCCAUGGCAAGUCUCCAGAGGACCACCUGGUGUUUGUCACUGCUUUGGAGAAACUGGAGAAGCUAGACAAAAUGGAGAAGGUUUAAACAAUGUCUCGAGCUGAGAGUAAGGACUGACAGCUGUGGAACUGACUAGAUUUUCAUUGCACUAAAAUGACAUUGUUCACAGUUACUGCACUGGGCCGAACUGAGCCGCCAGGAAAAAAAAAAAAAUCAGUCUUAUUAUUUUUUUGUUGUGAUAACUGCCUGACUGGACCAUGUCUUUUCAUGUCGAUUUGUUUUUGUUUUGCCAAGCUUUUUUACACUUAUUUUGUAAUAUAUUUAUAUGCUAUUUGUCUGAUCUGUGCAUGUAUUUUAGUGAAUCAAGGUUAAACACAAGAUUUUAAUCUUUUCAUGGCAAAAAUACAACUACUGCUUCAAAGGUAAAAGUGGUGAGUGGACAGAAUUGGUGGGAGAGAUAACUGUAUAUUACUUGAUAUGAAGAAGGUGAAAAUUAAAUGUAUACACCAAAAGAAUGAAAGAAUACCCCGAAAGACUGAAGUAGCACCUUAGACAGUUGAAUUUGUAAAGAGAACAUGUUUUGAAAUAUCUUGCAUUUGUCAAAAUCAGAUUUUAAAAGAUCAAGGAUUAUCACCCCCCCCCCCCCCCCCCCCCCCCCCCCUCGCUCUCCUUCUUGGGUUUCUGUCACAGCAAUGUUUUUGAUGAUGAAUGGCCUGCUCAGUGUAUCAGAGAAAAAAAAAAAAGGAAAAAAAAAAGAUAAUAUGAACAUUUGGAAAAACUGAAAUGCUGC